AUGGACCCACAACCAGGCCCUGACUUGAGUGUCCAGGCAACCAUUGACCUGAUCCAGGACGUUCUUCCUGGCAUCGACCACGCUGACAGACCCUACUACGAGAGUAGGCUGAACGAACUCUACAAAAAACUUUACGAUCAGAGCCACGUUGUGACCGUCAGCGAGAGUUCGGCCAUGGCAGGAGCAUAUCAUUAUCAACCCCCUCACAACAAUUUCCCGGCGUCCAUGUAUGCACCGCCGCCCUCAUACACGACGCCAUCCUACGGCUCCCAUGUGCCAUCGCCGCCUUAUGCCGAACCUACCCUGAGUCGCAAGCGAAGCCUGGGUCCAGUCGACUAUCCAGAAGCAAAGCGUGUCAGCGGUCACCCAAGCCCAGUUACGCCAACCUCGCCAGUUGGGCCAUGGUUAUACUCACUCCCCAACCGGCAAUCACAACCUAGCAGGCAGUCGGGCCCAAUACCCAUCGUUGACCUGACCCGGUCUGGCCCUCCUACACCCGAUUUCUACGUCGAAACACCAAACCAAGUGUUUUCAGAUCCAUUCCUGGAGCUCGAAAACGCCUUUGGCCCACAUGGUUCUUUCGUGCCGAAUUAUGACUUCAACCAGGCUUUCAUGCAACCAGAUGAACUCGCUGCCUUUAUGGUUGCACCUACACCACCCCCCGUUGGCUAUGAACACUUGCAACAGCCCGGUUUCGACUAUUUCUCGGAUCGGCAGAUGCCAUAUCACAGACGCCCCGGAGGUGGCUAUGAGGCUCCGCUCUCUCUGGUUACAGAAUCAGAAGCUAUAGAAAAGCUUUUGGAGAAUAUCCAGGAAGAUGAUGGCGCCAUCCAGGAACGUGAGCCAACACCAGCCAACAUGACUUGUAGUCUCAAGGAGUACCAGCGCAUUGGUCUUACAUGGCUACUCAAGAUGGAGCGCGGCACCACCAAGGGUGGUAUUCUGGCAGACGAGAUGGGGCUGGGCAAGACUAUACAAGCUUUGGCUCUCAUCUGCCGCAACCCACCUUCAGACCCCGCUAUCAAGACAACGCUCAUAAUCGCUCCUGUCGCGCUCAUGCGACAGUGGGAGAAGGAGAUUGAGCGUCAUGUCAACCCUCGUCAUAAGCUCAGCGUCCAUCUCUAUCACGGCCCUGGCAAAAACGUCGACUUUGCCCAUCUUCGUAAAUUCGAUGUUGUCCUCACCACCUUUGGCUGCCUUACAUCAGAGUACAAACAAAAGGAGUCUUCCAAGGAGUCGAUGCUACAUGACCAGGAGCGGCACAAUCCUAGCCUGCGUCGUAAGCCCAAAGACAGGCUUGGACUACUAGGACACGAGUGCAUGUGGUACCGUGUAAUCAUAGAUGAAGCUCACAACAUCAAGAACCGUAACGCCAAGUCAUCAAAAGCCUGUGCGGAUCUCAUGGCUAAGCAUCGUUUGUGCUUGACAGGCACACCUAUGAUGAACAGCAUCGAUGAACUAUUCGGCUUGAUCCGCUUCUUGAAGGUCGAGCCCUAUUGCAAUUGGAACAAGUUCAACUUGGAAAUUGUCAAGCCAAUGAAGAACCCCAGUCAGUCUACGAAGAAAGGUGGAGUGCAGCGCGUGCAAAUCCUGCUUAGGUCAAUCAUGCUCCGGCGUCAGAAGAGCUCUCUAGUGGACGGAAACCCAAUUUCCGUGAUCCCGCCUAAGCAUGUACGCGUCGACAAUGUUUAUUUCGAGGAAGAAGAGUUUGCCAUCUACAAGGCUCUGGAGGACAAGUCGCAGAUCUUCAUCAACAAAUAUCUUGAGAGGGGCAGGGGUUCCACAACCAACUAUGCAAGCGUCCUGGUGGUACUGCUUCGACUCCGUCAAGCCUGCUGUCAUCCGCACUUGAUCAAAGAUCUCAGCCAGCCAGCCACCGAUGGCAUCGCUGAGGCUGACCUUUUGGGUCGCGCUAAGGAGCUGCACCACGACGUUAUCGUGCGGCUGAAAGAACAUGACUCAUUUGAGUGUCCGAUUUGCAUGGAGGCGGAUCCCAAUCCAACCAUUAUCGUUCCUUGUGGACACACGGUCUGCGGUGAGUGCGUCCAGAAGCUCAUCGACCCGGCCAUGCGAGCGGCGCAGCAGGAUGGAAAUGAUGAGACCACUACGCCCAAGUGUCCUCAUUGCCGAGGCGAACUAAAGGCAAAGCUCAUAACCGACUACAAGCACUUCCUUAGGGUCCACUGUCCUGAGCGUCUCGACCCGGAGGACCUAGAAGAGGAAGAGGUUUCAGACGAGGAUUCAGAUUCCGAAAUCGAUUCUGAAGAUGACGACGACGGUGCGCCCGAUGUUGAUAAGAAAGGUAACCUCGUGGGUUUUGUUAUUGACGAUGAUGACGAGGACGACGAUGAUUCUGCAUCUGAUGCCAAGGUUAAGUCGAAGGCCAAGAAGCCUAAGAAGAAGAACAAAGACAAGAAGGGUAAGGGACGCGCACAGCCUAAGCUCAGCCUCGCUCAGCUCAAGAAAGAGUCUCUUCGCAGCAAAGCUGCCAAAAAACGCUACAUGCGCCGUCUGGACAAGACCUACAUCCCAUCUGCCAAGAUCAGCAGGACCAUCGAACUGCUCAACGAGAUUCGCGAAAACGACCCAACAGAGAAGACCCUCAUCUUCUCUCAAUUCACCUCUCUACUCGACCUGGUUGAAGUCCCCCUGUGGCGCGAAGGCAUCAAAUACCAGCGUUACGACGGCAGCAUGAAAAUGGACGACCGCGCCGAAGCCGUGAAUCUCUUCAUGGAUAACCCCAACCAAAACGUCAUGCUCGUAUCCAUCAAAGCUGGCAACGCUGGUCUCAACCUUUGGAAGGCAUCUCAAGUCAUCAUCCUGGACCCCUUCUGGAACCCCUUCAUCGAAGAACAGGCCGUUGACCGUGCUCAUCGUAUGCCGCAGACCCGCGAGGUACACGUCCAUCGUAUCCUUGUUCCGGAAACUGUGGAGGACCGUAUCGUUCUGCUCCAGGAUAAGAAGCGCGAGAUCAUCGGUGAUGCACUGGAUGAGAAUGCUUCAAAGCGGUUGACGCGUCUGGGUCCGCAGGAACUCAGGUACCUGUUCGGCAUGGGUCAGAUAAGGUAA